UAUAACUGGAUUUAGGUAUUUUAUAAACCCUCACAAUUUUUGAGAAAAAUCCAUUUAAUCAAAAACCUUAAACUCAACUUCUUUUUGUGGUGAAAUCAGUCUCAACUGAGCGACCCUGUUUGUUUAGCACUCUUACCUACAUAGAGGCUCCGCCUAUAACGGGUAAACGCCAUCUAUGAGGAAGCUCACACAUAGAGCCAUAUACAAUGUGUUAGUGUGACAUUAAUCAAUUGAAAGUCAGUUUGCUUAAUAAUUAAACGCAAAAAACGAGUAAAAAUUCAAAAUUAUGGCUUACAAUGCAAGAGAAGUGUUCACUUUGCGCGAGAGCCGAGACUUUAAUGAAGAUACUGCUGAAGAAAGCGCUGCUGAACUAAAUGGCGGCAUUUUCCUCUGCUUGUUGAACAAAAAUGGCACUCUGGGCGCUGCUUAUUAUAAUUUCAUGGAUAAAACUCUGAAUGUAUACGAAGAAAUGGUGGAUUUGGCCCCACAAUUUGUUAUAACGGCCACUCUUUGCAGGGAAAUAGCCCCUAAAUACGUGCUCACUUUUGGAUACAUAACGGAAGAAUACGUUAAAAUGUGUGUGGACUGUUUUAGCUCUGAAACCGACACGACGACGUCCAACAUUUCCAGGCUCCCUGAUAACUUCUUCUUGGUGUCAAUGAAGGAGUAUACUUAUGAAGCGUGUAAAACAAUAGUUUCUAAUAUCAAUGUGGCGUCCAACACUUUGGACAACGGAGACCACAAGCAGGAAGUCUACUUUCGAUCGUGCAUCAACUUGAACCAUCGGCUAUCAGUUCAGGCGCUCGGCGCCUUGUACAAAUAUUUGGAGAAACACUGGUCAAUGUUUGGAGUGGAUCCUGCCGACCAGCAUUUUUUGCACAUUCAUCAAGUUACUCUGAAAAAUCAUGUUCUGUUGGACAACCACACAUUCAAGGCCUUGCAAAUUUUCUCGCAAAAAUCGCACGAUGCUGGUUUUAAGCGCGGUCAAGAUUCCAGCAGCCGAGAAGGUUUGAGCGUUUAUAGACUGUUCAUGUCCAGUUGCAAAUCAAGAAUGGGACAAACCGAAUUGAGAAAUCUUCUAUUGUCGCCCAUCAAUGACCGCAGGGAGCUAGAAAAACGGCUCAGUUUCAUAAAGUUUGUGCAGCAGCCGGUCAAUUUGGAUUUCAUUGCUAGUAUUCACGACAAUAUCAAGCAAUUCCAGAAUGUUGUCCAUGUCAGUGCAAUUCUGGGUAAAAUCCUGAACGCGCGAGCCUCUAAUAAGGACUGGAAGAUGUUGCAUAAAAUGAUUUAUCAUACGAUUUUCAUCAACGACAUUAGCAAAGGGUACAGAGGCAAAUCUGAGCUACUGGCCGAACUGGACCAAGCCGUCACUAAUAAUCUACUGGGAUUGGAGGAAUCCAUAAGUAACGCAUUGGAUUUUAAUGCUGGCAACAAAAAGGGGCGGCCAGUAAUCAAGUUUGGACUAGACGAAAAUCUGGAUGCCAAAUUGCUGCACCAGCAGGACGUGUCCAAGCAUGUAACUGCAGCGGCUCGCUUUGCAGCCAACGACUUACCGGAUUUCAUCGACGAAUGUAAAGUGGUCUACUUACCGGAAAUGGGACAUCUGAUGGUGAUCAAGCGAUGGGAACCAGACUGUGAUCCAGAGCAAUUGGAAAGUUUGGGCUAUCAAUUCAUGUUUGCGCUUGGUGGCGUGCUGCAUUACAAGAAUCCUCUAUGUGUAGAAUUGGAUAAAAGAUUGGGCGACAUUAACGCUGAAAUCAUUGAUCACGAAAACCGCAUCCUUAGAAGACUUUCAGCGUUUACUUUGAAGUACAACAAGGAUAUAAGGCAGGCUUUAAAAGCAGUUGCGAUCAUCGACUGCUUAAUUGCAAUGGCAAAAGUGUCCCAACAGAACAACUAUGUGAAGCCAGAAUUAAACGAUCUUCGCAUCCAGGAGAUUGAGGAAUGCCGACAUCCGCUGAUGGAGCAAAUUUUAAACAGCUUUGAGGCCAACGAUUUUAAGUCUGGAGGUUUGCACAGCCACAUGAAGAUCAUCACUGGUGCAAAUGGCAGUGGAAAGAGCAUAUUUCUCAAGCAGAUUUUGCUGGCGGUUUAUUUGGCUCAUGUGGGUUGUUAUAUACCGGCAAAGAAAGCCAAUAUUGGUCUUGUGGAUAGCAUGCAUUGUCUGAUUCAGACUAAAGAAUCGGCUGUUGUUCGACUGUCGUCUUUUAUGAUGGAUGUGACCCAGACUUCGCAAGUUAUCCACUGUGCUUCGCCCAGCUCGCUAAUAAUAAUGGACGAAUUUGGCCGCGGUACUUUAGAGGAUGAUGGUCUGAUACUCUUGGUGUCGUUUUUAAACCAUUUCCUAUCCAAGGGCGAACUGUGUCCACAUAUUCUGGUUUCCACCCAUUUUCAGAGAAUAUCUACUAUGCUGCCCGAGUCCCAGUACCUGGAGUACCUGAAGAUGAACCAUACGGUCGAGAACGGAACUUUUUGCUUCCUGCAUAAAAUGGCUGCAGGAGUAUCGGAUAGUUACGCGUUCGAUAUUGCUUCAGCAAUUUUGAGCCCGGAUAGGAUCGGAAGAGCGAAACAGUACUUUCAAUGGAUACAGCGCAAUGAACGCGGAGAACUGCCUGAAGAGACCUUAAAAAUUCAAAACCAGUAUGUUUUUGAUAAUUUGAAUGUUGAAUUAAUUUCAGAAGAUAGUAACGAUAAUAAUUAAUCCACUUAGUAGUAGGAUGUGCCUUUAAAAGUUGUCUACUUGAGUUGAAGACUGAUUUUUUAAUUUUCUACAUUGAGAAAAAACGUUUCUAUUUAAAUUGAAUUAAAAGAAAAUUAUCUGUA